AUGUUGUUUUCCGGUGUCGAGGACUACAGUUUGUUUGAGAACAACUUGGUGUUUUUGGAUGACUCAGGGGAGGGCGAGGAGUCACGUGGGCGGGUAGACUCCGCGGCGAAGACAGAGGUGGGCUUCGGGUACCCGUCGGCCGGGCUGCCGUGGACGGGCGGCGUGCCGAUGGACGCGCCGGGCAACUCCUCGGUGCUGUCGUACUCGAGCAUGUCGACGGAGGGGUCUGCGUUCGGCGGCGCGCCGUUCUACGAUGUGGAUCUGUUUUCGACGUCCGGGACACGCGGCGUGAUGAUGACGCGGACGUCGUCGCUGGAUAACGGGCCGGCCCAGCCCAUGGAGCCGAGCGUGGCGGCGCUUUUGACGCCGAACGUCGACCCUCUGAUGUCGUACUCGGCGUGCGCCGGUCUGGCGUCGCUGCCGCCGGCGAGCGAGACAGAGCGGGUGUCUCCACUUUCAUUCCCCACGGCGCUAAAACUGGAGGAUCCGUUGCACGUGGUGCCAGCUGCCGAGAACACUGUGAAGCCGAAGGCGCCGCCGGCGCUGGAGACCGCGGCGAGCAGCGCAGUGAGCAGCCGCAGCAGCAGCGGAGGCAGUUUCGGACAGACAUACCGGUAUGUUUCGGAAGGGGACGAAUAUGCGGAAGCAGAUGCGGAAGCAGAUGCCGACGACGACGAUGAUGAUGAUGAUGGGGGCUAUGGAAGCGGAUCACAGGGACGGGUUCCUCGUCAGCGCCGCUGCUCGCGCCGAUCGACGAGCUUGCCGACUGUAAUAUCUACUGCCAAAAAGGUUUCAGACUCCAGGCUGUCCGCGCAGGGCCUAGCAGAGGUGCUAAAGCUAGGCUCAGCCGAGGAGGCCUUGCGGCGCGAGCGCUUCGUGCUCGACAUUCUGGAGAACGACUUACACUAUCCUCUGGGAUAUAAAACAUGGGUGCGCGAUACCUCGAAGGACUACCGUAAUCAGCUUCUGGACCAGCUUCAUAAACGUGUCAAGGUUAAGUAUCCCGAAUAUGAUAAGCCUGUCCUAGAGACCAUCAUCCGUCGCGCGACCUACUACAUGAUGCAGUCCAGAUUGCGCCGUGAGCGGCGUGCAAAGGCCAAGGCGAAACGGGACAGUGUCUACAACUUUAAGGCAGACACCAAGGAGCGCUUCAACUCUGUGUCCUCCUCUGCCAGCGGACCACCAACUUCACCGAAUGUGCUUCGAAGCACGGCGAAUAUAUCGCCUAACCGAUCUGGCAGUAUCGGGGAAUCUUCUUCAUUCAUGCUGUGCGAGCCGGCUUGCAGGACAAGAAAGAAUACAUUUACUAAUUAG